GUAAACAACACGGAGUUGGUGGCAGCCACGAUCAAAAAUGCAGUGUUGACAGUGAAGAUGGUCUUCAACAGCAGCUGUAACGAGCUACACCACACUCCAGACCAUAAAAAGCUAAUAAUCAAUGUUAAUAUUGUGUGGGAGUAAGUGGAAACAUGAGCGACAGCGAUGAGGAAGAGUGUGUGUUUUAUGGGACCCCUCUGGAGGAGCUCGAUGAAGGUGAAGUACGCUCACGUAAGGCUCCACGGAUUGAGGAUCAGGUUGCUCGAGAUAAACAGGGUCGUAGAAGAUUUCAUGGAGCCUUCACUGGUGGGUUUUCAGCAGGAUACUUCAACUCCGUGGGAACAAAAGAUGGAUGGACACCAUCUACAUACGUGUCCACUACUGCCCAACGAGCAAAAAGCAUGCAAUUUCGGCCUCAGGAUUUCAUGGAUGAGGAGGAUUUGGAAGCACAUGGCAUAUCACCUCAAGGAAUCCAGGCCUCUGCCAACUAUGAUGACAAUGAACAGAAGAAAAGGAAAAGAGUUUUAGAUCCAGGUGGACCUAUUCCAGGGACACCUGUUCUUGAAGAUAUUUUGAAACCAAGUAGGGAGACUAUGGGAAUGAAACUUUUGCGUCGUUUGGGAUGGAGACCAGGACAGGGAGUUGGGCCUCGAUUGAGUCGACACCAAAAAGUGUCUGAACGCAGAGAAAAACAGAGAAUAUUUGGCUGCCAGGGAAUUCAGCAUUCAUUGAGAGAUUCAGACAGUGAGAGUGAUGAUGAUGGACACAUGCAGGAUUUGACUUAUGCUCCUGAUGAUAUUGACACCCUUCACUUGACACAACCCAAGGUGGAUCGCUUUGGUCUUGGAUACAAGCCUUUGGAUCGGACAUCUGUUCUUGGCGGACACAUCAACCUUUUUGACCCCUCUCCUCUGGUCAUGACCGAUAAAAAAAAGAAAGUUCUUAUAAAGGGGCAGGCCUUUGGUGUUGGUGCUUUUGAGGAGGAGGAUGAGGAUAUUUAUGCCACCGAAGAUAUGAGCAACUAUGACUUUGGUGAGGAGAAGAAGGAGUCAGGUAGGAGAAGCGGGGUUAACAAGAAUCAAACACCAAUGACUGUGCAUGGUUUAAUCGAGAUAAUUGAAGGGUUUACACUGAGCAGCAAACCACAACAGCAGCAUAAGGUCUACCCAAGGCCUAUAUUACCCCGAGAUUUUUUACCACUGCACCAACCACGUAGACGAAGGUUUGAACGCAAGGAAAGUGAAAUACGUGGAUUGGGAAGACACGAGAUGACAGCUGAGCAACGGUCUCUGAGUAUUGCAGAGCUACCCAAAACUACGGUGGAGGUCAGAUCAGGAGUCAAAGGGAAAACUCUGCUUCCUCCAAAAGAUCAGCCAGAAUCCAUUGACACAUUAGAAGUUGAAAAGAUUUAUGAUGAAUUUAAAAAUUCAGGAUCGAAAUUCAGUUCUGAUUUCAAACCGUUUUCAAAGGAUCCAGAUAAGCAACGACGAUAUGACCUCUUUUUGCGAAUGAAAGAAAGGGGCCAAAAAGAUCGAUUCCGCUUGGUGCAGCCCAAGAGUAUGACUGAGUGGCAGAAAGAACGUGAAGUGCAUGAGUUUAGUAGAGCAGCUCAUCUCUUUCAGCCUCUUACUUCUACCAUGGCUAACAGAUUUGUGUCUGCAGCAACACCAGACUCAGGGCCAAUGCUAAAGGAUGGACUUAAUGUAAACAUCCCAAAGAUUGAUCCAGCUACUAAUGAUGCAGAUGUUGAUGCUUUGGGUCAUAAUAUUGCUGAUGAAAGGGUUAAAGCUGCCAAGAUGAACAUGUUUGGCAAGCUGACUCAGACAGUGAUGGACUGGCAUCCUGAUCGUCUUCUGUGUAGAAGAUUUAAUGUUCCUAACCCAUACCCAGAAUCUUCAGUUGUUGGCGUUAGUAAAUCCCAGAGAAAAAGGUUUUCAAUUUUCAAUUUCCUCGAUGCACCAGAAGACGACAAGCCUCGUAACCGGGAAGUCUCACCCUCGCCUUCAGAAAGUGCAAAAAGAGAAACUACUGAAGAUGAAGACUUGGAUAAAUCGGAAACCUUUGGGCUUAAGAUUCCAGUAGAUGGGCCACCUACAAUGGAUCUUUUUAAAGCCAUCUUUCAAAGUUCUGGAUCUGAGUCGAACUCAGAUAGUGAGGAUGAAAAACCUACCAGCAUUAAAAUGAAACAAGACUCUUGUAAAGAUACACAAUCCCAAAGGUUUGGUCCCUCAAUUGUAGAAACUUCUCUGAGCAGUCAGGGUAAAUAUACAUCUGGAUCAGAGAUGGACAGUGGCAAUAGCUGUGUUGUAACAAUGGCUUCUAUUGGAAAUACCUUGGAAAACAAAAGUGCUGAAGAUACAAGUAAGGAUUUAGAUACUGUUAAGAGGCCUGAUAGACAGAGGGUUCGUAUAAGCAGGUUUGAACCAAAUAAGGAUGGCUCCAAAGGCGAAGUCGAGUGUUUGCCGAAACCAGUUUUUAUUCAGCGUAGAAAAAAAUCUGCUGAUACUGAAGCAACUCCUGCUGAAGGAAUAUUUGCUAAUAUAGAUUUUGAAGAACUUAAUAGUUAUAGAAACACUGAAGCGCUUGCCAUUCAAAAUCAGACAACCAAUAUUACAGAUAAGGUAAAAGAAAGUGUUAAUAAAAGUAAGAAAUUUGAUAGUGAUUCCUCGGUAGAUUCAGAGGAUGAGUAUGGUCCACCAGUUCCAGUACAUCUAAAGAAUAGGAUUCAAAUGAUCAAGUCAUCUCCAUCAAGCACAGCUUCUCUGGUGCAACAGGGAAAACAGGACACUGUACCUAAGGAGCAAUCCUUAUGGGUUGAAAAAGUAUCUAAGAUUAAAUCCAAAAAGCACAAAAAUAAAGACAAACAUAAAUAUAAAAAAGAAAAGAAAAAGAAGAAAGACAAGAAACAUAAAAAGCAUAAAGAGAAAAAACAAAAGAAAAAAGAACACAAAAGUCAGAGUAGAAAGAGCUCAAGCUGCAGUAACUCUGACUUGUCAGACAGUGAUUGACAUGUGCACUAUGGUUAUACAUCAUCUAUUCCUCUGGAACAGUUGAAAGAUUAGUCCAUAAGGAAGAGAAAAGGGUCACAGGUAUACAGUGACAACCAAGUAAUAAUAAUAUACCAAACAAACUCCUGCCAGUAUUUCCUUUCUUUAUCCUUUAAACAGUAAGAGGGAAUGUAGUGGUAGCUAUCAACAGUAUCCCACAAUUGUCAUGAUUCAGGUGCGACAAUGUACUAUCAUAAUAGGGGUAGGUAACACAAUGGUACUGUAAUUGGGGUAACAACCUGAAUUUACAAAUUGAAGCAAAUCCUCUUUUUUCUGAUAAUGUUAGGUGUUCAAGGCUCUUUCUCAUAGUAAAAUUUUAUCCUAUUUUGAAUGUGGAACGUCUCUUUCAAUAAGUGGAAUAUAUAUUGUAAAUAUGUUAGAAUAACCCUCUUAAGGGUCAAAUGCAAUACAAAACUUAAUUUAUUUUAAAUUGAGGUAUAAUAUAGACAUUGUCCAAAUGGUUUCAAUUUCACAUGUCCACAGAAUUUUCUUAAGCCUGCAAAGUAAAACUUCACAGUUUAAGGAUUCUUCUGUGAGCAAUCGGUGAGCAAUGAAAUUAGCCAAAUCCCCAUUUUCUGAAUAUUUUGUUCUAUACUUCCAAUAACAGGAGGUCAUUAAAGAUAAUUGGGGGUUAACCCCCAUUACCUGUGAUGUCACAACCUGAUUUGGCAGCAGAAUACACUUAUUUAGAAUACCAAAUAGCAACAAUUUUACUGUAAUUUGUUUUCUACUUAUACACAAGGGAUUUUUUUAUUAAAACCUCAUUAUAUGUAUUUUUAACACAUGUUUAUGUUAAAAUACCUAAAUAAAAAAAAUUGUCU